AUGACAACCACUAUCACUCAAUCUGAGGUUGUCAUUAGGACACAGCCCUUGAGAAGGCAACACCCGGAGCCGUUAAAACCUUCCGGGGCGCUCGAUCAGUUCAACCAUGUUGAGGUAACGCCUGUCAUUGGACGUGAGUAUCCUCAUGUUAAUGUGGUCGAUGAUCUUCUCAACGCGGGGAAUUCCGACGAGCUACUCCGCGACCUUGCCAUCACAAAUUACACAAGUCUCCGGUUGACCGAGCUUCCGGUCACCGGCGGAGAUACACUCUGGGCCUCCGGAUAUGAACUCUACGAUAGAUUUAGCGACCCGUACCGCAGGUUCCUUGAGGGCUUGACUGCCACCUACAAGGGAGAAGGGUUUAAGAGGGCUGCCUCUGCUAACCCAGAGAGGUUCCAAAUUUACGAGAAGCCUCGGGGCAACCCUGCUAACAUUGGCGGCGGGCUUACCGCUGUCCAUCCCGUUGUCCGAACCAACCCGGUUACUGGGUGGAAGGACCUCUUGGACGUUUUAAGGAAGCGGAUCGAGGAGAAUCACGACUUGCAAGUGCGAUUCAAGUGGACGAGUAAAAAUGACCUUGCAAUCUGGGAUAACCGUAGCGCAUUUCACAGCGCUACUAAUGAUUUUGAUCACCUUGGCGAGCGUGUAGGACAUCGUACCGUAGGAAUCGGUGAGAAGCCGUACUAUGAUGCUCAAAGCGUGUCUAGGAGCGAGGCUCUUGGUUUAAAUUAA